AUGAACGUAAAUACGGCUGCCGUUGUGACAUUUUGGCUGAUUCUGUUCCUAGCAAAUCUGGAAGCAAUUUACGUGCCAUCAUUUCACGAUGCAUUCAAACACCAUCUAAUGCCGCUGAAUCGAUCCGCAACAGUGGUCGGUAAUAGGCUUGAGGAUCGAUCCAGCAUAGAUUUUACUCCAGGGGCCAAUGAAUCUCUUUCGCCGGUAUUGUGCGUUCUGACCACAUCCAUGGAUGAUCUUCCGCCAGAUUAUUUCUCGAAAACUGAACGUCUCAACGGAGCAAUCAUACUGCAUUUUCUGGCGGCGAUUUAUUUCUUCACCGUACUGGCUUUCGUGUGCAGUGAAUAUUUCCUUCCGUCGGUUGAGUGCAUCUGCGAAGAUUUGCAUCUGCCGGAGGACGUUGCUGCGGCGACUUUUAUGGCUUCGGCUACGUCAAUGCCAGAGUUCUUCACUAACACCAUCAGUACACUAAUGGUCGAUUCGGAUAUGGGCCUAGGAACGAUCAUGGGUUCCAUGCUGUUUAAUACUUUAGGGGUGGCAGCUUUAGUUGGAUUGUUAACGAAAAGUCACGUUCAACUAGACUGGUGGCCACUGACAAGGGACUCAAUAAUAGUCCUCAUUAGCACAAGUUGUCUCGUGUCCUGUUUAUGGGAUGAGCGUGUUUACUGGUACGAGUCAGUGGUGUUUGUAAUUCUUUAUAUUUUGUAUUUCCUGGUGAUGUUUCAAAAUGAUCGAAUGAAACGGAUUGCAGUUGAUCUAAUCGAAACUCGGUGGAACCUUUGUGCCAGGUUGGGGUCCGAUAUAAAUGACGAGUUCACAGAACACAAAACUGGCCGGAAAUAUUCGAUUGCCGUAUUGGGGGAAGCAUUCAAUACGGGCUUAGAGGUUCCUCAGGGAGAAAAAGAAAUUCUUCGUAGCCCAAGUGAAUCAAACGAAAAUCCUGCGGAGAGUAUGAAACUUUUUCGAAUCUCAACCGAAUCAUGGUUCAACAUUAUCUGGUGGUUUUUCACUUGGCCAUUUCGAGUGCUUGUUCACUUUACUGUCCCGAAUCCACGGACCCAUCGGAAACUCUACCCAUUGACAUUUCUAAUGUGCAUCGUUUGGAUUGGCGCUACAUCCUACAUGGUAUUCUGGAUGUUGUCCAUUAUCGGUAGUACCUUUAAUGUCCCAGAAACGGUAAUGGGACUAACGUUUCUCGCAUUCGGUGGUUGCAUGCCGGAAGCAGUGUCUGCCGUUACAAUGAUAAGGAAAGGAAAUGGAGCAAUGGGUGUGUCGAACUCGCUGGGUGCAAAUACGUUGGCUAUCUUGUUCUCCCUGGGGCUUCCCUGGUUUAUUAAGAACAUGAUUCAAGGGGGUGCAACCACGGGAGCUUACGUAGAGAUUAAUUCGUAUGGAAUGCAAUAUUCCGUAAUUGCUUUAUUUUUUGCUGUUGCAAUUUUAUAUGCUGUGCUAUAUUUGGCGAAGUAUAACCUGCGAAAGCUGGUUGGGCUAGCGUUGCUUAUAGGUUAUCUUUUAAUUGUUGCUUUUAUGAUAUUAGUUGAACUCGACGUUUUCUUUCCUUCUGAAAAUAUAUGCUGA